AUUAAUUUUAGAUUAUUCACAGAAACAUAGAAAAUAAAUGACAAUUUCUCUGAUUUAAAACAGUUACACCAGAAAAUGAAAUAAGAUGAAGUAGAACAUGAAUGUUAACCUCUUUGACGUGUACGAGUUGUCCGUGAAAAUAUUCUAUACAAUAUUGUUGAUCUAAUUCAAUACGAAAUGUUACGAAUCAUAUUUUUCAUCUUGAUAUGUAGUUUUGUUGACGUUUAUUCUGCGAAUCUCGAAACAGUGAGUGAUGAAGAGCUUAUAAAUCUCAUAAAAACUGAAAAAUAUGUGGUCGUACUUUUCUCGAGCAAGGAUUGUACAACAUGUGAUAACUAUGAAAAUGAAUUGAUUCAUUUAAGAGAAGAUUUGGUAAAUUCAUUAUCAAGCUGGGUUAUAAAAGCUGUUGAUAGUCAGUUGCUUCGUCUCUAUAGUGCUGACAAAGAACCAGCACUUGUAUUUUUCAGACACGGAAUGCCUUUACUUUAUGAUGGUCCAUUAAAUGAUGAAGAAAUUUUAACUAUGUUUACUGAAAACAAGGAACCUACAGUAAAAGAACUAACAGAUGAUACUUUUGAACAUUUAACUCAAGCAAGUAGUGGAGCUACAACUGGAGAUUGGUUUGUUAUGUUUUACAGUACAGAUUGUGUGGAAUGUGUUAGAAUGAUUGCAAGAUGGGAAGCUGUAGGUGCAAAAUUAAAGCAAAGGGUUAAUGUAGCACGUAUUGAUAAAUAUACAACUGGAGCAUCUACAGCAAGAAGAUUUAAUGUUUAUAAAGCUCCUGAAUUUAUAUUAUUUAGACAUGGAAAAAUGUAUCGUUAUCAGAUUACAAAAUAUGAUAUUAACUCUUUUGUAUCAUUUGCAAAAGAAUGGUAUAAAAACGCACGUGCGGAAUCUGUUCCCGUACCACAAAGCCCAUUCGAUGAUCUCGUACAAAUGAUCGCAAAUUUCCUUCGUGAAAAUCCGUGGAUAAUGAAACUCGGUAGUAUAACAAUUGGUGUAUUUAUUAUCAUUUCUGUAGCUUCUAAAUUUAGACGUAAAACUGAGGUUCCACAAAAGAAGGACUAAUUGUUUUAUUUACCAAAGAUAUAUAUUAUGGGUACUCUGUCAACUAUUAGUAUUUCUAAUUUUAUAUAAAGCACAAUACAUAUAUACAUACAUACAUACAUACAUACAUAUAUAUAUGUAUAUGUAUAUAAAUUUUUUACUUAAAGACAACUUUUAUUUUUAUAUUUAACAAGUUACAUAAUCUUUUAUUUUUCUAAUUCUA